UGUCAGUGAUACUGCAUGACUCUCUGUUUGCUGAGGCACAGGUUUAGGUAGUUUGCAGCUUUGCUGUAGUGAGAAAAGUUUUGAGGUUACAGUGGUGUGACGGUUAAAGAAACGGCUCUUCCUACAGUUGAAAGUUCAUAACCACUAAACUAAACUACUCCACCCAGCAGUGCUUUACAUCUUUAGUGUUGUAUUUCAAUCAGUAUGUUAGCAUUUCUGUCUCUUAUCUUUUAUCUGGCACACAUACAUUCUAAAAACACUAAAUGCUCAUAACUGACUUUCUUCUUGCAGUAGUCUCAGUCAGUCCCCCUCCAUCCCCUCACCUGGUGGUCGAGCCCUCUAGUGGGCAUGUCAUUCCUGGUGACACACUGUCAUUCCACUGUCAGGCUCCACUUGACCCUCCUCAGGAACAGCCUCCUGAGGCUUUUCUUUUGCUCCGGAGAGCCAAAGGAAACCCCGGCUCCAUGGUUGCUCCAGCACAGCUGGUGUCUCAGUCCCAUGAAGCUCGCUUCAGUGUGAAGACAAUGGGACGGGAGGAUGGUGGGGAGUAUGUCUGCCUCUACCAACUCAAAUCAUCAAAGAUGGGACAAGUGAACUCCACAACCAGUCAGCCGGUACACAUUACUGUCAUAGAGCUCCCAGUCCCCACUCUGUCCUUGUCCCGACACAAGGGUGAAGUUCUGGAGUGUGUUGGGUCACCCUCAUAUCCACAAGGCUUCUUCUAUUUAUUUCGUGUGGGUGUCCUGUCACCUGAGGCAACCCAUCAGGCUUCCCUGACCCAACACAGUGCUAGAUUUCCCAUACCCACCCAUUAUGAACAUGGUGCACAGUAUCAGUGUCAGUACAGCGUGUCACUGGGCAAAUCCAAUGCAUACUCUAAAAUGAGCUCACCAGUAACUAUCCCAUGCAUUACAGGAUAUCACCUCUACAGGUAA